CACAGUGGACCCCACGUAAGACGGGCCCAGUGGCUAGUGUGUUCCACGUCCACAGUUUCUCUGAAAUCUCAUCCCGAAUUCCCCUCCUCCCCGGAAAACCCGCACCUGGAGCACAGUAGCAUGGCUGAAACUCUGCUUCUGCCGGUGGUACGCAUCACGGCCGGCAAGGCGGCCUACGCGCUCGUCCAGAGCGUGACCGGCAUGUGGGGCAUCGACGGCGACCGCCGCAAGCUGGAGCGCCAGCUGCUAGCCGUCCAGUGCAAGCUGGCCGGCGCAGAGCUCAAUAGCGAGGUCAACCCGGCCGUCCGGAGGUGGAUCAAGGACCUGAGGACCGUCGCCUACCAGGCCGACGACGUCCUCGACGGCUUCCACCACGAGGCACUGCGCCGCGAAGCCCACACCGGCGAGUCUACCGCCCGCAAGGUGCUCGGCUAUUUCACGCUGCGCAGCCCGCUUCUGUUCCGUCUCACCAUGAGCCGGAGGCUGAAUCGUGUCCUCAACAAGAUCGACCUGCUCGUUGCGGAGAUGAACGCUUUCGGCCUGGAGAACCACGCCGCUGAGGCACCGCAUCUUCUUUGCCGGCAGACGCACUCGGCGCUCGACGACCCUGCGCAGAUCUUUGGCCGAGAUGCCGACAAGGAGGCGGUGGUCAACUUGUUGCUCCGCCAGAAAGAUCAUCGAGAAGUGCAGGUCCUGCCCGUCUUUGGGAUGGGUGGUUUGGGCAAGACCACGCUUGCCAAGAUGGUGUACAACGACCCCAAGAUUCAGCAACAUUUUCAGCUACUCAUGUGGCACUGUGCGUCGGACAGCUUCGAAACCGCCGCUCUCGUGAGAUCCAUCAUCGAGUUGGCCACAAGAGGGAGAUGCGACGUUCCAGACACGGUCGAGCUGCUGCGAGGGCGACUUCAGGAGGUCAUUGGCUGGAAAAGGUUCCUGCUUGUUCUUGACGAUGUCUGGAAUGAAGUGCAUCAAAAGUGGGAGGGUAGCCUGAAAUCGGCCUUGUGUUCCGUUGGCGGUUGUGGAAGCGUUAUAAUCGUCACCACUCGGAGCCCGCGAGUAGCAUCUAUGAUGGGCACACUUGAAACCCAUGAGCUGCCACAUCUGACUGAAGAACACUCAUGGGAAUUGUUCUCGAAGAAGGCUUUCAAGGAAAAUGUGCGAGAGCAGGCAGAGUUGAUGUCGAUCGGCAAGCGUAUUGUCAGCAAAUGCAAGGGGGACCCUCUUGCUCUGAGUGCAAUGGGGGGUUUGAUGAGCUCGAAAGCACGAGCCUGGGAGUGGGAGGCCGUUGCGGAAAGCAAUGUUGGGGAUAGCGUUGCAGGCAAACAAGAAGUCAUAUCCAUACUAGAAUUAAGCUACAGGCACCUAUCCUCUGAAAUGAAACAAUGCUUUGCCUUCUGCGCGGUCUUCUCCAAGAACAGCGAGAUGGAAAAAAGCAUGUUGAUCCAACUAUGGAUGGCUAAUGGGUUUAUUCAAAAAGAGGGAAUGAUGGAUUUGGAGCAGAAAGGCGAAUUUGUUUUCAAUGAGUUGUUUUGGAGAUCCUUUCUUCAGGAUGUGAAGGUGAAACCAUUUGAUGACCCAGCUUCAAGGCAUGGUUUGGUUGGAUGCAGGAUGCAUGAUUUAAUGCAUGACCUAGCAAAAGCUGUUACGGAUGAAUGUGCAACUAUACAAGAGUUGGUUCAGCAGAAAGCAUACGUAAAAGAUGUCAUUCACAUGAAAAUAUCAUCGGAUGAAUUGGAACAAAGCAAUGGAUUGUUCAAAAAUAAGGAAUCUCUCCGAACUUUGUUAGCACCGUCCUCAUCACAAAAGGAUCUUGGCAACUUAAGGCUGACGUCGCUAAGAGCAUUGUGUUGUCGUGGCCUUCAUAUCCGACAACCCAUAAAUACAAAGCAUUUGCGAUAUCUUGACCUUUCUCACUCUGAAAUUGUUACAUUGCCAGAUUGGGUAUGCAUGUUGUACAACUUACAAUCGCUGAGGCUCAACCAUUGCCACAAGCUCCGAUAUUUACCUGAAGGCAUCAUAACCAUCAAGAACCUUCACCAUCUCUAUCUUUUUGAGUGUGAUAAACUGGAGCGGAUGCCCCCAAAGAUUAGUCAACUAAGCAACCUGCACACGCUAACAUCGUUUGUUGUGGACACUGGAGAUGGUUGUGGAAUUGAUCAACUCAAAGAUCUAAAAUACCUUAGCCACCGGUUGGAACUAUACAAUUUGAUAAAAAUAGAGAGUGUGGUGGAUGCAAAAGAAGCCAGACUCUAUCAGAAGAAAAAUCUGAGUGAGCUGUCGCUAUGCUGGGGUCGUCGAAAAUACCAUGGGCCUCAAGAUGAUGUUGGUAACAUGGAAGAAGUAUUGGAGGCUCUUGCACCUCAUAGUGAGAUCAAAGUAUUGGAGAUACAUGGUUAUGGUGGCACUAAAUUCUCAUCAUGGAUGAUACACUCUCAGAUGUGCCAGUGCCUAAGAAAACUCAUAAUCUUCAACUGCCCCAAAUGCAAACAUCUGCCAUCGGCACCGCUGUUGGCCCCCCUCGAGUAUUUGUCCUUAGGUUACAUGGAUAGCCUGACCAUAAUAUGCAAGGACACUGAUGUGGAGGUUGAAGGAUGCAAUGCAUCUCAUCAGAUCUUCCCAAAGCUAAAGAGAAUGUUCUUAGAAAACUUACCGGAGUUUGAGAGAUGGACAGAAAGCAGUGCAGGGGAACCUCAUAGCUUGGUGAUGUUUCCUCUGCUCGAAGAGCUAAGUAUGUACGCCUGUCCCAAGGUUGCAAGUGUUCCAAGCAGCCCAGUUCUAGAGAAGCUGCGGAUAAUGGAAUGUUACAGUCUUCCAAUCAGCUCAAUCACUCAUCUGACAACGCUCUCUGAGCUUGAGUUUGGUGGAGAAUUCAUUCGUUCUGCAAGCAUGCCUUUGGGAUCUUGGCCAUCCCUCGUGAAAUUAAGUGUUAGCUCACUGGGUGAUAUGAUGCUGCCUCCAGAGGACCAGCAAAGCCAUAGGCCCUUGGAAACCCUUCGGAGUAUGUGGCUAUCUGGUCCCAGUUGCUUUGAAACGACAUCCACCUUGUCAAAAUCGCACCUGCUGAGGCUCUGGGAUUGCUUUGGCUUUGUUGAAGAACUGUGCAUUUCUGGGUGCGACGAACUUGUCCACUGGCCAAUGGAGGAGCUCCGAAACCUGACUCGUCUCCGUUUUCUGCGCAUUAGCUCCUGCAUUAAGCUCAAGGGUAAGGGCUCGCCGUCUGAUGAAAUCCUUCCGCUGCCCCAGCUGGAGAUGCUAAGCAUUCACAACUGUGGUAGCUUACGGUAUGUUCCUGAGGUGUCUGCAUCCCUUGAUGAACUAGUAAUAGGAGAAUGCACGUGUUUGAUGGCGUUGCCUUCAAAUCUAUCCAAGCUGAGGGUGCUCCGGAUUCAGGGCUGCAGUGGCUUGAAAACUUUGCCGGAUGGCCUCACCUCCCUUGAGCAGGUGACAGUUGAGAGGUGUACAGGGAUAGAAAAAAUCCCGCAGGACCUCCUCCAACAGCUCCCAGCACUCAAAUCCAUGAAGAUAGUUGGUUGCCCCAACUUGCAAAGACAUUGCACACAAGGUGGGGAGUAUUUCCACUUGAUUUCCUCUGUUCCACAUAAGGACAUUCCAGCAGCAGGAACUGGGUCUGGCAGCAAGAGCCAGACGUUUUUAAAGACGUUAAUGCCUUCCUGCUGGCUCUCAAGUCUCAACUCAGUGUAGGAUGAAUGGGGUGUUGCAGUUUCAUGAAGAAAGCAGCAAAGAGCCCAAGACUGAUCUUGUCAUCCGUGCCUUGGCAGGAAAUUACAGAGGAAGGGCCAACUGGAGAAAUCGUGAUGUGGAUCAGAAUAUUGUAUAAUAAUGAUGAUGCAUCGCGGUUACUGAAGGAUCAGAACAUUUUGAUGGUGC